AUGUUGAUCUUUCAUCAUCCUUCUACAUCCCUUGUCGUGUUGUCGGGAGCGUGUCGAUCUUUUCAGAGUUGGUUGCUACGCCACGAAAUGCGGUUGCUGUUUGCCAUUGAUCAAAAAUCAACAGCGAUCUUGAACUCCAUCAUCAACAUCGUCUGCCGCACCGCUCGAGCCGCAGGCAUGGCACCCGCUGUUGAGACUGAUAAACCUCCUCCGCCCAAUGUUGAAUGUCACUGCGAGGAUUGUCAAGAAUUUCGCCUGCCAUACGACAGCCUCUGGAACCUCUUUGAGAAGCCUCGUCCUACAGAUGGAGUCUCAGGCGGCAUUGCAGAUGCACUCUGGGAAGCCUGGCUCAAUACAAGAGACGCCUGGGGUAGACACCAGAAGCACUUCACACAUGAGUUCACGCCUGAAGAGCGCACUGGUACCCAGGAGGAUGAACUUCGCGAACGAUACCGCGCCCGCGCCCGGGAUGCCGCAGAGCCACCGCCGCAACCUUCAACCCAGCCCGCUCCACAGUCACAGCCAGACCUCCAAAAGAAUAACCAGAGUACAGGUGAGGCGCAGUGGCGGGACGGGCGCUUCUAUGGYAAGUUCAUGGUGUGUGACCAUUGCCAUUCCCAUUCUUUGAAGUGCACCGAAGCAUCAGUAUGCGAUCAAUGCGAGCUCCACGGACAACCAUGCGUCCACCGAGAGUGUAUUCUGAGCCCCUUCAAGGAUCAGUGCCCGAACGAAGAAUGUCGUUAUGUCCAUCGCAGAGAUCUACCUCCCAAAGGCMGCAAUGAUCCGUCUUGGAUCAUCAUUCCCGGUCGCCUCAAGGGAUACCGUGAGUCUGGCUUCCGCCUCAACAUGCCUCUUGAGAGCCUGAGCAAGAUGCACAGUGUUGAGAGGAUCCGCCUGCUUCAGCCGCUGCAAACACAAGCCAUCGAUGCUACAACCGCUGCAGCUGCGCGUGGACAGUCGCUCGCAACGUAUCACCAGCAAUGCGUCUGCCCGACGGAUGAUCUCGAAGCCCGCCCCGAAAAGCACGUCAAAUGUCCACCUAUGCCCGGCGCCUUCGAACGUAACACUGGAGGGGAUCCGGAAUGCCGCGAAUGCCAGACCUCGAUAUCGGUGUUCUGGGCUGUUACUCCCUGCAACACCAGGACCUGCCUCGACUGUGCUCUAUGCAAGUGCCUAAUCAAUACCGGACCUCGCUGCGACUGUAGAGCAGACAAAUGCCCGUAUCUUGUCAUGGGAAGCUCGUUGAUGUGGUGGAACGAUGUCUCUCCACGCUAUCAAGUGAGCCGAAAUCACGACAUAUACGCCGAGGCAAAGUGGCUGCGCGAUCACUUGAUCGUAGCUAUAGAUCACAAGCGUAAGGAGCUUUAUGGAUAG